GCUUAGCUGUCAUGUAUUCCAAUGGAGCAGGCACGGUGGCUGCUGGACAAAGGAAGGUAUGUCUCCUCUCCUUGCUGCUCGUUGGUCUUGGGUGCUGUGUGACCUGCCAUGGGAACCCUGUGGAGGACGUCUGCACAGCUAAGCCCCGGGACAUUCCCGUGAAUCCCAUGUGCAUUUACCGCUCUCCAGAGAAGAAACCAACUGAGGAUGAGGGCUUAGAGAAGAAGAUCCCGGAGGCCACCAACCGUCGGGUCUGGGAACUGUCUAAGGCCAAUUCCCACUUUGCCACCACCUUCUAUCAGCACCUGGCAGAUUCCAAGAAUGACAAUGACAACAUCUUCCUGUCACCCCUUAGCAUCUCAACGGCUUUUGCUAUGACCAAGCUGGGUGCCUGUAAUGACACCCUCAAGCAGCUGAUGGAGGUUUUUAAAUUUGAUACCAUAUCAGAGAAAACAUCUGAUCAGAUCCACUUCUUCUUUGCCAAACUCAACUGCCGACUCUAUCGAAAAGCCAACAAAUCUUCUAACUUGGUUUCAGCCAACCGCCUUUUUGGAGACAAAUCCCUUACCUUCAAUGAGACCUAUCAGGACAUCAGUGAGCUGGUCUAUGGGGCCAAGCUCCAGCCCCUGGAUUUCAAGGAAAAUGCAGAGCAGUCCAGGGAGACUAUCAACAACUGGGUAGCCAAUAAGACCGAAGGCCGCAUCACUGAAGUCAUUCCCUCAGACGUCAUCAAUGAGCUCACUGUCCUCGUGCUGGUUAACACCAUCUACUUCAAGGGCCUGUGGCAGUCAAAGUUCAGCCCUGAGAACACAAGGAAGGAGCUGUUCUACAAGGCAGACGGGCAGGCGUGCUUAGCGUCUCUGAUGUAUCAAGAGGGCAUGUUUCGAUACCGGCGUGUGGCAGAAGGCACCCAGGUACUCGAGUUGCCCUUCAAGGGGGAUGACAUCACCAUGGUGCUCAUCCUGCCCAGGCCUGAGAAGAGCCUGGCCAAGGUGGAGCAGGGACUCACCCCAGAGUUGCUGCAUGAGUGGCUGGAUGAGUUGACCGAAUCGAUGCUUGUGGUCCACGUGCCCCGCUUCCGCAUCGAGGACGGCUUCAGUCUGAAGGAGCAGCUGCAGGACAUGGGUCUUGUUGACCUGUUCAACCCUGAGAAGUCCAAACUCCCAGGGAUUGUUGCAGGAGGCAGGGACGACCUUUACGUCUCAGAUGCAUUCCACAAAGCAUUUCUUGAGGUGAACGAGGAAGGCAGCGAAGCAGCAGCAAGCACUGCCAUUGGGAUUGCUGGCCGCUCACUGAACCCCAACAGGGUGACUUUCAAGGCCAACAGGCCCUUCCUGGUUCUUAUAAGGGAAGUUUCUCUGAACACUAUCAUAUUCAUGGGGAGAGUGGCCAACCCUUGUAAUAAUUAAAGUAUUAUGCAUCUUUGUACUUAGUCCUAUCUUAGUGUUAUGAAUAAAGGUAAAUACAACUAC